CAUUACUAUAUUUUACAUCGUUUCAACAUGGAUGAGUCCUUGAUUGCCACCAUCAACAAGUUGCAAGAUGCGCUUGCCCCAUUGGGCGGUGGCUCUUCUUCUCCCGUGGAUCUUCCCCAGAUCACCGUUCUAGGCUCCCAGUCUUCAGGAAAGUCGUCAGUGUUGGAAAACAUUGUGGGCCGUGACUUUUUGCCCAGAGGAACAGGGAUCGUCACCCGUCGUCCCUUAGUUUUGCAACUCAUCAACAGAAGAGCCUCGGUUAAACCUCAAUCCGACUUGUUGGACAUUAAUACCACCAGCGAAAACGGCAAGGCUUCCGAAAACAACGCUGAUGAAUGGGGAGAGUUUCUCCAUUUGCCCAACAAGAAGUUCUAUAACUUUGAGGAAAUCAGACGCGAAAUUGUUAGAGAAACAGACGCAAAAACAGGUAAGAACUUGGGAAUUUCUCCUGUGCCCAUCAACUUGCGAAUCUACUCGCCUCACGUGUUGACCUUGACGUUGGUGGAUUUGCCUGGUUUGACAAAGGUUCCUGUCGGGGACCAGCCUAAAGACAUCGAGAAACAAAUCAGAGACAUGGUGAUGAAGUUCAUCUCUAAGCCGAACGCAAUUAUCUUGUCUGUCAAUGCCUCAAACACUGAUUUGGCAAACUCCGAUGGUUUGAAAUUGGCACGCGAAGUUGACCCAGAAGGUUCUAGAACUAUCGGUGUGUUGACCAAAGUCGAUUUGAUGGACGAUGGGACCGAUGUUAUUGAUAUUCUUGCUGGACGUGUUAUUCCUUUGAGAUUUGGUUACGUUCCCGUCAUAAAUAGAGGUCAGAAGGAUAUUGAAUCUAACAAGACAAUUAGAGAUGCCUUGAUCGAUGAAAGAAAUUUCUUUGAGGGACAUCCCUCUUACAAAGCCAAGGCCCACUACUGUGGUACGCCAUACUUGGCCAAGAAGUUGAACGGAAUCUUGUUGCACCACAUCAAGGGCACGUUGCCUGACAUCAAGAUGAGAAUCGAACACUCCUUAAAGAAGUACCAGAGUGAGUUGAGCAUGUUGGGCCCAGAGAUGGCCGAAUCUCCAGCUUCCAUUGCUUUGAAUAUGAUCACCAACUUCAGCAAGGAUUACAACGGCAUUUUGAGUGGUGAAGCAAAGGAGUUGAGUUCUCAAGAAUUAAGUGGUGGUGCACGUAUUUCUUUCGUUUUCCAUGAGAUCUUCAAGAACGGUAUCAACUCACUCGACCCCUUCGACCAGAUUAAAGACGGUGACAUCAGAACGAUCAUGCACAACACGUCCGGAUCUGCUCCUUCUUUAUUUGUAGGAACACAAGCUUUCGAAGUAUUGGUUAAGCAACAGAUUCACAGAAUGGAAGAACCUUCUGUCCGUUGUAUAAACUUGAUCUUUGACGAGUUGGUUAGAAUCUUGUCGCAGAUCAUCUCCCAGCAACAGUACUCUCGUUACCCAGGCUUGAAAGAACAGUUGUCGCAGUAUUUCAUUCAGUUCUUGAGGGAAGAAUUGAUUCCCACGACGAAAUUUGUGACAGAUAUCAUUCAAGCGGAAGAAACUUACGUCAAUACUGCGCACCCAGACUUGUUGAAGGGUUCCCAGGCUAUGGCUAUCGUAGAGGACAAGUUCCACCCAAAGCCACAAGUAGCUAUAGACCCCAAAUCUGGUAAGCCAUUGCCCCCUAGUCAGCAGAAUCAACAUCCUCCACAAUCGACAUCUCCAGGUCCAAAGGAGGACUCUAAUGGUUUCUUUGGUGGGUUCUUUUCGUCAAAGAACAAGAAGAGAUUACAAUCGAUGGAGGCACCACCUCCGGUGUUGAGAGCUACUGGCACCAUGAGUGAAAGAGAAACCAUGGAAACGGAAGUCAUCAAGUUGUUGAUCAGUUCAUACUACAAUAUUGUUAAGAGAACUGUAGCUGAUGUAGUUCCCAAGGCUAUCAUGUUGAAGUUGAUUGUCAGAUCCAAAGAGGAGAUCCAGAAGGAAUUGUUAGAGAAGUUGUACAACUCGCCAGACUUGGCUGACUUGGUCAAGGAGAACGAGUUGACAGUACAGAAGAGAAAGGAGUGUGUUAGAAUGGUUGAAGUGUUGAGAAACGCUAGCGAGAUUGUGUCUAGUGUCUGAGCACCACAGCUAUAGUUUGUUGUUAUGUUCGUAUAUUGGGCUCUGCCAUUAAUUCCUUUCUUGUUUCUAUAUAUGUGAUAUAAAUAAUACAGCUAAUGAUACAAAACACUAAGUAGGUAUUUAUACAGAUGUGGGGUUUAUGAUAUAUUUUUGAAUUUAUGAUGGUUCACAGUACGUAAAUAUUUAGACAUAGAAUGAUAAAUGAAAAUGAAUUUUAUAUU